CAGAACCGUGUGUUGCAACUAAUCACCCCUUGAAAUUGCAUGAUGUCUGCUCUUCUGAAUGGGUUGUGCCACAUUGGGUUCCACGUCCCUGGGGGGCAACAGCUGGUCAAUAACCUGGUGGACAAGUUUGGCUUUGAGUUAUUUGCUACACGGGUGUCAGAUUCAAGCAGGCAGCUGGCUGUCCGAAGAGGGGAUGCAGUUUUCGUUGUCAAUGAAAAGCUGAAGCCAGUAGGGGAAGACAUUCUGCCUAUAUCAUCUUCCAGCCACUGCAAGGAUAAAGGGAUCCUGUAUGAUGUGGACCUAAGGCAUACAGUCAGUACAGCUUCCAACGUUUGCUUUGAGACAGAGGAUGUACCUGUCGUUUCCCAAAUUCUAGAGGAACGAGGCUGCCAGAUCCUUAUACCCCCCACCACUGUAGCAGAUGAAGGUGGCUGUGUCACUUACUCUGUGGUGAAAUCUAUUGUGGGCAAUGUCACUCACACUUUACUUGAUCGAUCACAGUAUCGUGGACCAUUCCUGCCUGGAUUCCAAAUCGUGGAGUGUGCCCCCAAGAAGUUCCAGGAGUCCGGGGAGGUCACACAUUUUGACCAUAUCACCUAUGCUUGUCCCCAAGGUAAUACACAAGCAGUACUGAAUUGGUACAAGCACUGUUUUGGUUUCCAGCGCUUCCUCAUCCACCAGGAAGACGAUCCUGCUGAAGGCUAUAGAAUCCAGGGGGCUGGUGUGGGCCUUCGUCUUAUUGCCAUGAGGUACAACAGGAAUAGCUUGACUCUACGUGAUCAAGACUGCAAAUUUGUUCUGGCUGAGUCACUGCCAGAGCAAAAGAACAACCAGGUGGAUAGUUUCUUAAAGCAGCAUGGUGGAGCUGGCAUCCAACAUGUGGCGCUCUACACCAAAGACAUCAUAAGUACGGCUGCCACCAUGGUAAAGUCUGGAGCAAAAUUUUUCAAACCGCCUUUAUCAUAUUACAGUGAGAAAAAUAAGACACAGGAGAUACAGCAAACUGGGCAAGAUAUUCGGCUUUUGAAGGACUAUGGUAUCCUUCUGGAUGCUGGGGUUGGUGGGCAAGGGGACAACAGUGGCCCUGGUUUUCAUGAGAAGCCAUACCUGAUGCAGAUCUUCACUGAGCCUCUCUUUACAGAGGAGACCUUUUUUCUGGAGCUCAUAGAGCGAUGCAGGGCCACUGGCUUCGGUGAGGGAAAUGUCCGUGCUCUCUGGAAAUCCAUACAGGACCACAUGAACUAA